CUACCUAUGACGAGGGAAAAUCCCAGAAAAAAAGAAGGAGGAGGAUAUAGAUAACCAUCAGCUUCUAUCGACUAUUGGCGAAAAGAUGAAGGCGAAAAUCGAUAUUUUCAACACCUAUGAGUGCCCCUUGCGUGGCUUUCCUCUUUCUGAACAAAAUGCACAGACCAGCCGGUCAAGCCACACUGUUCGCCUCGGCAACGGAGCCAUGUCAACAGACCUUCAUUUCGAGCAAAUGACCACUCCCAACAAACCACGAGACAGACCAGUCAUGACACUCGGUUGACCAAAACAAUAUAUCCCACCAUCGACAACUCGAUCACUUGGCUUGACCAGCCAGCCUCGAACCCCUUCCAUUUGGAAUUUCCGUUGCCCCAGCUAUUCAACCCACCAAGAAUAACAUCGCAGACAUAUAAACAAACAGCCAGCCCAUCCCAGCGCUUCCCCCCCCCAAAUGCCGCCACGAAAGGAUCCUGAUCCGGACUUUGAAAUCCACGUUGACCCGUCUUGUCUGAGCGUACCUAUGGAUGACGAAACACUUGCAACGGAGAGUAUCAGCGCUGAGAGCCCCGAAAUCCCCAACGAGGAGAAUGUGGAGCAAGAGUUGGCUCCUGAGGAGCCAUCGACUCUUGAAGGAAGCAUAGUGGACGAUCCCGAUAUGGACCAGGAGGAGGCACAAGCUGAAGACGAGCGGGAAUCUGAUAAUCCCGCCACCGAGGAGGAUGAGAAAGCAUUGGCUGAGGACGAACAGGAGGCUGUACUGGCAGCGGAUGACCCUGCGGAGGACAGCGUUCAUGAGGAGUACAAGGAAGAGGCCAUAGAGCAAGCGCCCGUUGAAGAGGCCCAGAAAGAACGGCCUAGAUAUUACUCGGAUGGCGAAGAUGAGGAUACGCCUCUGCCCACCCAAAUCAUUGACAACGACGUCAACGAAGCAGAACAAGAUGCAGAUGCAUCGCGUAGGCAGUCCGGCGCUUCGGAACGCCGAACCUCUCUACGCACCGAAGCCCUCAUCCAGGCCGCAGCUCGCGAGGUGGUUGCAAAGAUAGAGGCAAACGCCAGGGAGCGAUAUUCAAUGCGGUACUCAGAGGGCGCCGAUGAUUCUAUUCUCAGCUUGUCAACACACGAUACCUAUGCCGCCGACGGCACUGAGAUGACCUGUGAUCAAUCGGAUACCAGCGGGCGACAAUCUCAUCGCUCCUCAGGGUCCCGAAUCCACCACCACGUUGCCCCGCAUUCCAUCUCAGGUGACAGCAGCUCUCACCCCGAAGCCGACGACGAUGACGACGACGACGACGUGUUCAGCGACCGCAGCCCACGAAGUUCGCUAGGGUCUAUGGACGGCUCCAACGACGCGGUCCUCAAACCGGCCCCCGCAGAAGAGACCAAGGCCGCCCGGAUCUCGCGCGUCUCUGACAUCUCGGGUCUCUCGCAAUACGACAAGGAGCAGGACGAGUUUGUCCCGACGAGCCGGGACACGCCGCGGAUACCGUUCCGCACCCCGUCCGCCGUCCGCGCCAUCCAGAUGUCCUCGCCGACCCCGUCGGUCUACUCGGGCGCCACGCCGCGGUCAAGCCGGCGCCACCACAACCACAACCCGGGCCUCUGCACCGUCUCGCGCCUCGGAAGCCCCAACGCCGCCGCCGCCGCCGCUCAGUACUCGCCCAAGGGCCGCCCCACCCCGCCGCGCUUCAAGCCCAAGGAGGCCGCCCCGCUGGUCCUGCUGCACGUCACGCUGUUGCCGCUCCGCUGGGCGUGGGGCGACGUCCUCGACGCGACCGGCGACGACGGCGACGACGGCGGGAAGCCCGGCCUCGGCAGGAAGGGAGCCGUGGGGUUCCAGCCGUCGGACGAGCUGAGGCGGCUGCGCGACUCGUGGCGGCAGCUGCGGGACCGCGUCGGCGACACGGUGCUGGAGCGCGGCGUGCUGCUGCCGCACCCGCAGAACGACUACGAGGUCCUCGAGGAGCGCCUGCUCGAGGCCCUGGAGCUGCCGCUGCGGCGCCGGGCGCGCAUCCUCGAGUGCGGGCACUAUGUCGGCCCGGCGGACGAGAUGGCCGACGACGACGACGGCGACGACGACAGGGAUGAGAGCGAGGACGAGCAGGGGAGUCGGGCCGGCAGCGCCCUUCGCGGCCUGGCUGACGCCCGCAAGCAGCGCCACUGGUGCGGCACGUGCCGCGGGGAGAUCCGGUUCGAGGACCUCGGGCCCGGCAAGGUCUUCCGCGUCAAGGUCUACGCCAGCAACGGCCUCAUGAGGGCUGGCGCCUGGGCCGCCUGCUGGAAGGAGAUGGAGCGCGUCGACGUCGAGCUCGAGCCCAUCGUGGAGACGGCCUUGCUCCGCGAGCUGGAGCGGCUGUCUGCGGUUCGGGAAGAGGAGGAGGAGCGGCAACGCGAGCGGGAGCAGGAGGAGGAGGAAGAACACCUCCAGCGGGAGCUGGCGCAGGGGCAGGGGGGGCAGGAGCACCUCGCCGACGAGCAGCUCCUCCCCGUCCGCCUAUCGGCCGAGCUCUACCACGCCCGCCGGUCCCCGACGACGGUAUCGUCUCCCCCGCUCCCCACACCGAUGAGCAUCGCCGCCAUGCGCGCCUCGCCCCCCGAGCCCCUCACGGCGUCGCCGGUCCGGGCGGUCCGGAUCCGCGACCCCCUCUCGCCGGCGCCAGCAAUGGUGGUGGCGACGCCACCACCACCGGCGGCCCGCCUGCCCGAGCCGAUCGACACGUCCGAGGCGCGCCGCCACCGCGACGAGGAGCGCCUGCGCGAGAUCUACGGGCGGACCCCGCCGCGCGCACGGUUCGUGGAUGUGGGUGAGGAGGAGGCCGAGGAGGAGUCGCCGGUGCGCGCCGAACACGCAACACCCCACCUCGACCACGACCAUCAUCACCCGGACUCGUCCUACGUGGCGCCGUCGAGCCCGACAUCCCCCUCCGAGGAAGCCUUUGACCGGCGCAGUGCGCGGCACCAUGAGGAACAGCACCAGCACCAACACCACCAUCCCCACCACCAAUAUGAGCACCACCAGCAGAGCCAGAACCACCACCAGCAGAACCAGAACUACAACAACCACAACGGCAGACCAUACCAGACGGCCUCGCUGCCAGAGCUCCUCCUCGAGGCGGGGAGGGUCCUCCUCCGCGACCGCAGGAACGUGGCCAUCGCGCUGCUCAGCCUCUUCGUGCUCAUGCUCGCCGUCCGCCCCGGCCCCGUCCCCGUCGCGCCGGUCCCGGCAGCAGCAUACCUCCAGCACCACCACCACCGGCCCGCGUUUGGAGAGGAGGUGCGGGACAGGGAUGUGGAUGUGGAUGUGGGGAUGCGGGGUCAGCAGGGCCGCGAGGGCGAGGGGGCAGGGGUCGUCGUCUCGGGGGAGGUUGUGCACGAGACUCCCGUGGAGGUGGAGGGGGAGAAGGUUGUUGUGCAGGUCCUGGAGACUGUCACUGAGACGGUUCGGGUCAGCGUCACGGUGUCGACUGUGGUUGAGGCUGAGGCGACUGCUAAGGCUGAGGCUGAGGCUGGGGUUGAGGCGCUGGAGUCGGCGGUUUACGAGGCUGAGGGUGAGACUGUGGUUGUGACUGGGAGUGAGGCUGUGGUUGAGGUUGAGACUGAGGUUGUGAACGUGGUUGAGACGCAGGUGGGGACGGAGACUGAGACCGAGUCCGAGGCCAGCAUCGCUACGGCGUCGGCGCCGGAGGAACCCGUGGAGAGGGCUGCUUCCGAGAGUGCGGAGGUUGACCCGGCUGCUGUAAUGGCGGACGAGGGGGUUGAAGAGAAAGGAAACGAGGAGUGAAGGGAUGCGAAAACAACACUUGAGCGGCAGCAUUUUGAAGCGUUCUGUCGUCACGUUCCUACGGAAAGCAACCCCUGGGGCCCGUCUUGGCAUCGGAGAAGCGAGCUGGAGAAUGUCCGCCUCGACGGAGCCUGGCUUGGAGGGGCACUAUACCUACGAGACUGUAAUGUCGGGGGGCGAUUUAUGUUUGGUUUUGUUUUUUCUGUUAUUUUUGGUAAUCCCCCCAUGUUUGUAAUGCCCUCAUGAAUGAGUAGAUAGAUUGAGAUACCAGCCUGAACUUGGUUCGGGGAAGUUUGAUUGCCUGUUGAAUGCCACUGGUAGUUUCUCCCAGUGAAUCAAGAUGGCACAAGAUAAUUGGACUGCUGCCCAUUCCCUGGAGCAAAGUGCUAAUACCCCUUUUCCACGCAACCCUUAGAAUCCAGUUCAAAUGGUCGGUAUGCUAGGUUAAACCACCUGUGUUGAUAGGCGUUUGGGAUAUC